UACCUGCGCUUCAACCUUUGCGUUGGCAGUGCGGUGCAGUGCGGGUCCGAGCGUCUAACUGGCGCUUUCUGCUUCUCUCCGUUAUUACUUCUACCUGUCCGGAUGCAUCGAUCCUCCGUUACCUGCGAAACCUCUCAUCAAUCAAACUGAAACAGAACUAAGAAAGAGACAAUUAAGGAAAAGAUAGACAUACCGGGAACAGGCUAAAGAUCGGGAAAAGUGUUUAAGUUUGUAGAGGAAGAGAAAGAGGGAGGAGUGCUUGAAAAAACCCGAGACUUUUUUUCUGUUAUGUAGCCGAGCAAAUGAUCCAUAUAACUUAAAUCGAGUGUAACGCGACGAAAGUUAUUUCUUCGGCGACUCCAAUAUUUCAAAUCACGGUUUCGUAAUUUAUUAUUUUGGGAAAAUCAACAGUCGGAUUUAAUACCUGAAAAGUAGCGGAGAAGGAGCCGGAGAAACCAUGCCCCGAGCCUUUCUUGUGAAAAAAGCAAGUAUUUCGCCGGGCAAACGGAACUGGAGCGAACGUCCAGAUCACGAACGUGGAGACAUUUACAUUCCAGUGUCCAUUGUUCCAUCUGUCUGCGUCGAGGAGUCCGAGGCCAGCACCGCCGAGCUCAGCCGAUACCAGCUGGCGAUUACCCAGGAACCCCUGCGGCAUGCCCACACAGCCGAGCUCCCGUCAUGCUCUGCCCAGGGUCAGCGGCAAAGCCCAGAGCCCGAGAGUCCAAAGAGGGCACAGGGCAGCACCUAUAUCCGCUCAAAGAUGAAGGUCACGACAGGUGAGCUUCCCAGCGAGGUUCCCGUCUCGGCUCCCGUUUCCACUGCCGGCUCGGGCCAGUUCGAGUGCCAGGUGUGCCAGAAGACCUUUCAGUUCCAGCGCAUGCUGAAUCGCCACCUUAAGUGCCACAACGAGACCAAGAGGCAUCCGUGCAGCUUCUGCGGGAAAGGCUUCAACGACACGUUCGACCUCAAGCGGCACGUCCGCACGCACACAGGCGUGCGGCCAUACAAGUGCAACCAGUGCGACAAGGCCUUCACUCAGCGCUGCUCGCUGGAGUCGCACAUGAAGAAGAUCCACGGCAUCGUGCAGCAGUAUGCCUACAAGGAACGCCGCAGCAAGCUGUACGUGUGCGAGGACUGCGGCCACACGGCCGCCACGCAGGACUCCCUGCUGCGCCACCUGCAGGCCCUGCACCCCCAGAGCGCGCUGCUCAAGUCCAAGGGGGCUCGCAAGCUCGGGAUGGCAGUGGGCCCGUUCAGGGGUGCGGAUGGGGAAGACAUGUCUACCUCCGGCUCCCCGCAGUCUCAGAACUACCCUGACAGUGACGAUAUGGCCGAAUCUGGGGGGAUGUAGAGUGAGGGAGGCAGGGAGGGAGGAAGGGGUGAUCGACGAUUUAUACACUAAAGGAAAGGAGAAUUUUAAACACUCCUAUGACACUGUAAAUUAAAAAAAAUGAGAUUACUGUUUUUCUUUGUCUUGGGCAAGAUACAAUCCUGAGUUUUUAAUUUUCUAAAGGACACAGGGACUUAUAAGAUUAGCACAAUAUCUAAUUAGUGGAAUAUGUCUCAUGCUGUAGCCCGGCUGCAAUAGUAGCUGCAUUUCGCAGCAUCCCGGAUGAGCUUUUAUUUUGUCGAUGUCUUGAAUGCACUUUGUUUCACGUCUUAGCCAUGCUUUAAGAAUACUGUUUUGGAAAGCUAAAUUCAACAUUUUGUUGAAACUAAAACCAGUAAUAUUAACCAGUCACACGUGAAGAAUGACCUCGAGGUGUUGCAGCCACGAUUGUCACACUGCCUGUCACAGUGCAUCUCUUACUGUAUGAAAUGUAAACCAUGUUUUUUAACUGUUUAACUGUUGAGAUCAACAAACAACUCGAUUACCAGAUAUGUGUAGAUUAAUGAAACUGACUUUCUUCUAUAUGUUUAAAAUCUUUUCUGUACAGAAUUAGGCCUCCUUUUCCCAUUCAAUCAAUAGGGAAACACUACAUACUGAGCAUGUGACUCACUUAUGAUUUUGAACAAAAUCACAUGGACCAAAAUGAUCUGUCACUAUAUUGCAAACAUACAUUUGCUGGGCUAAUGUUGACAAAACGAUAUAGAUCUAUAUACUUAAAUGCAUUUUUCUGAUAUUUAUAUUUUGAGUUGUCUAAUCAUAAGUAGCUGCAAAUAUAUUAGCCGGGUAAAUUAUUGUUCUGAUCCACUGCCAUAUUCAAGUAUGUGAUUUAAAAAGGAAUCACAGAAAGGACACUCUAAUGCCAUUUCUUCAAAAGCGAGAAUGGAAGUACUGUGCGAUGAAGUUUACAUCCUAAUUUACAUUUAAAGUUUGGGAACACUAGACACACGUGAAACAUGUAUGAUGUGGGAGUGUGACGGGUGAUCGGGAGAGUGCCAGGGCUGAACUGAAACAGGAUUUCAGUUUGGGAGAAGAUAUAUAUUUUUCUUUCUAGCAUCUUAUUCUAGACAAUAAAAUUGUGGAGGUGAAUUUGUUGAGGUUAUCAGCGAUGUCAUGGUGUAACUUUCUUGGCUACGUUUUGGAAGAGUUUGAGGAGGAUCUCGGCAAGUUCCCUUUGUGUACGAAACUAAGUGUGUGUGAAGCAGUAAGAAAAUGAGUCUGUUAGUAGCCUUGUAUGUGAAAAGGGAACAUAUAACAGGAAUAUGCUUGAGGUUACUAUUUCCAGCUGCAUUUUAUAUGUAUAGAGAGAUAUUAUUAUUAUUUAUGGGCGGUGUUGUUUUUACUGUUUACAAAAAAGAAAUAUAUUCUUGUUUUUUUUUUUUAAUUCUAUAGACUUGAUCUAAGACUUCUUUGUAAAGGUGACAUUCGGCAGCAAGAAACACAUGUUUGUUUUUGCAUCUGACCGCGUUUCAGGAUGAUGUGUCAGGCUGUGGUCCUGUAUUUUAUCAAAAGGGUUUCCCGCUGACUAGGUUAAGGUGAGCAGGGUGGUGAAACACAGACCUGAAUUGCCGCUCCUUUCAUGUCUGGGCAGUCAACUGCAUUUGGCUCAUUGCCACGUUAUUGUGCCAUAUUGUGCAAUACAUUUCAUGUGUGGUACGCUACUUUUUAAUGGGCUGUCUGACUCAUCGUUCAGCGGUUAAGAUGUACGCUGUCUGUGCUGUGGUGAUACAGACUGUGUAUUAACUUGAAUUCUGUACACACUGCUCGAUCCUGCUGCGUUGUAACUCAUUGCAAAAUACUGUGGUUCCCUGCACAGGCUCUCUGCAAUCCUGCCACAAAUGUGUGGCUUCACUGUUGCUAUGUAUUGAGUGGAAGCAGACUGUGGUACAUGUAAGCCAAUGCGCUUACGAUUGUUGUGGGAUUGCUCAACAGUAAAUUGACUUUCCAGGA